AGAUAAGAUCGAUCGCGGCCGCGCCAGAGAGAGAGAGAAAAAAAAUCUUCUCGUCGGUAGGGUUUCGGGGGCUGCGAUGGCGAUGGAGGCGCGGAUGAAGGGGACGGUCAAGUGGUUCAACGACACCAAGGGGUUCGGCUUCAUCUCCCCCGACGACGGCAGCGAGGACCUCUUCGUCCACCAGUCCUCCAUCAAGGCCGACGGCUUCCGCUCGCUGGCCGAGGGCGAGGUCGUCGAGUUCGCCGUCUCGGAGGGCGACGACGGCCGCACCAAGGCCGUCGACGUCACCGGCCCCGACGGAUCCUUCGUGCAGGGCGGCGCGGGCGGCGGCGGUGGCGGGGGCGGCUUCGGAUCCCGUGGCGGUGGCGGAUCUCGCGGCGGCGGGGGCUUCGGCGGCCGCGGCGGGGACGGAUCUGGCGGCUACGGAGGUGGGUACGGUGGUGGCGGUGGCGGAGGCUGGGGCGGCCAGAGGAGAUCCGGCGGUGGAGGCGCCGGUGGGGCCUGCUUCAAGUGCGGGGAGCCUGGCCACAUGGCCAGGGACUGCUACGGCGGCGGCGGCGGAGGAGGCGGCGGCUACGGCAGCGGCGGCGGCGGCAACUGCUACAACUGCGGCGAGCCGGGCCACAUCGCGAGGGACUGCCCCACCAGCAGCGGCUUUGGCGGGGGCGGCGGCGGGAGGUUCGGCGGAGGAGGCGGCGGCGGCGGCGACCGCUCCUGCUACAACUGCGGCGAGCCCGGCCACAUCUCCCGCGACUGCACCAAGUGAGGGGAUAUCUCUGCCCCUCCCCCUCUAUAGAUUGCGCCUAAAUACCUCUCGUCUUAGUUUUGCCGAUCGAUCGAUCUGGGUCUGAGCGCUCAGCCGCGGCCGCCUCGCUUAUUUUAUCUUCCUCCCCCCUUCCGUUCUCGGAAUCCGUCCUAGGGGAAACUCGUCCGCAAGUCAGUAAGUCAGUCAGUCAGUCCGUGUGAUGGUUAAUUUUGCUAUGAAUUGGUCUCUGGUACCCGUACCGUACUCUCAGUUGAUGUUUAAGGUCGUGAUGAUGAUGGAUUAUUGGUGAUUUUUGUGUGGUGAUGAUGAGGAGAUUGCAACAGAUCUCUGUUUUUUGGUUUCUAAAAUGAUGCUGGUUGUUA